GCAUCCUCACCAUCCAUAAUGUCCUACAACCAGGCAGACCCAUUCGCAGACAGCACCGCUCAUGCUACCCUCGACACCGACCCCUUCGCCGACUCCACCAAAGACCCGUUCACUGCCCAGCCCAACGAAUCCCUCGCCUCGUUCGGUGGCGCAAGCGGAUCAACGUCAAAUGCUUAUGGGGACUAUGGAUACGGAGGAGGAUACGCUGCUGGUGCGGGGGCGAACCAGAAGGCGGAUGAACUCAGGAAGAGGGAAGAGGAGCUGGCGAGGCGAGAGCAGGAAUUCGAGAGGAGACAACAGGAGACAGGAACAUAUGCAAACAACUGGCCACCGCUUUACCCAUUUGUACACUACGAUCCCAGUAUAAUCCCGGACGCCGGCAAGAAGCAGUCAAUCACAUUGAUCGGGUACCAAUGGUACGCCCUUGUCGCGACACUCAUCUUGAACUUGUUGGGGUGUAUAUUCUUGUUAAUCUCUGGAAGCUCUGAGGGAGGCGCCGAUAUGGCUAGCUCUGCGAGCUACCUCGUCUUCAUCACCCUUACCUCCUUUAUACUUUGGUUCCGACCGAUAUAUCUUGGGUACUGCAGAAAUGAAGGAAAGGCUAUGGCCGUCUUUUUCUACAUCUACUUUCUCUUUGCUGGCUUCCACUUGGCGUACUCUAUGUACAUGUUUAUCGGCAUACCCUCUACGGGAUCUGCUGGCCUGAUCAACACCAUUUCCAUGUUUAGCCAAGGACACAUCCUUGCCGCCGUCUUUGGAACAAUCACCAGCGUCGGCUGGGCGUUCCAGGUCGCUGCUGGAGGUUUUCUGUACAAACGGGUGAGUACUCGAAUGCUUGAUGGGCUGGAUACUGAAGUAGCCUUGUAGGUAUGGGAUUUCAAGAACGGCAACUCGGAAAUCAGCAUGCAGAAUGCUACCGACCAGCUCAAGUCCAACUCGAUCAAGACUAUCGUUAUGCACCAGAGCCGGUUGUAGAAAGGCAAGAGCCGGAUGCGAGAAUUUCGGAGACCCGAGAGAUAGCGCCAAAAAGAUUACUGUGGAGCGGAAGGAUUUCAGGUGGAGUGCUAGUGAGCGGUGGUGGGAGGGUCCGUUCUUGGUUUAUGGUCCGUAGAAUGCCGUAUGAAACAGGUGGACGCCUGUACUAUCA